ACAAGAGCAGUCCCGUUCUAAACUGGUACCACUGAACCCCUGUAAACUCGGCACGAUGUUAUGAGCGCAGCAGGAUAGGUGGUCCAUAAAGAAGAGCGGCUAAACUACCUAGGGCACUAUCCAAAAUGUCCUCACCAGGAUCCAGACGGAAUAGUUGCCGUGGAGCAGUGUGUGGAAGCCGGGCGACGUUUGAAUACCAAGUCCGUCGCCGGAGCUCCAGCUGUUCUUACUUUGCAUCUGGAGCGCAAACGGGAGACUUUUCCGUGAGUCUGAGCCAACCUAUGUUUACCAUAACGCUCAGGUUUUUGCUGGCGAUAGAUCUGUGGCUGUCCAAACGGCUCGGAGUGUGCGCCUGUGAGGGGUCUGCAUGGGGCGGCAUACGCCCCUUGGUCCGGCUGGUUGAGUUCUCCGGUCAUGUCAUCCCAUGGCUCAUCGGCGCCGUGUACACUCUGCUCCGUGGAAGAAGCGUGGAGGAGCAGGAGAUCAUGCUGAAUUUGGCUUUGGCUCUGAUUUUGGAUUUGCUGUUGGUCAGAAUUGUGAAGACGCUGGUCAGACGUCGCAUGCCUGCACAGAACCGCUCAGAGAUCCUCUCCGCCUUCUUCGUGGAGCGUUAUUCCUUUCCUUCGGGCCACGCUUCAAGGGCGGCCAUGUGCGCCCGGUUCUUCCUUGCCCAGCUGGUGGACACAGAUGCCAUGCGGCUCCUGGUGGUGGGAUGGGCCGCUUUGGUGAGCCUGUCCCGACUGCUGCUUGCAAGACACUAUGUGACAGAUGUGGGCUUUGGUUUGGCUAUGGGCUACUGCCAGUACAGCCUGGUGGAAAGACUGUGGGUGACUUGGGACUUGCUGCAGGACAUGCUGGUCGCUGGGCUGGGAGAAACACUGAACAGGGCUUAUGAUGGACUCUGGAUGAUAGAUUGGAAACAUUAGGUUAGGCUUAGGUGUGUGUGUGUGUGUGUGUGUAGGGACAUUGUCUAGCAUGAGUGUGUGCAAUUCUGAGAUUUCCUGUCAUUGAAGUUACUUUGUGUACAUACUGAUACUUCCUCUGUAUCAGUGUUCUGUAUAUUUCUUUGUGUUCUCUUUUGUUUUGAAGUAGGAAUGUUGAACAUUUUACCUCUAUUAAGAUGCCCGAGCUGCUUGUUUGCACAUCAGUAUUCAUAAUGCAUGGACUUAAUUUCACAGGCCUGAAACCAAAGCUGAUUAUUUUUUUGUUUUUAUAAAAAGGAAGCUGUGUAUCAUUUUAAGAUGGAGCUUUCUACUUUGCUGAGACUUUUUUUUUUGACUGAAUGUGAACGCUUAAACGAUCGUAUAAAAAUGAGGCUGCCGCCAUACAUGUGGUUCAGCAAUGAGCUGCCACAAUCCACAGUGUGUUUGUGUGAACACUGUUGUGAGGGAAGUCAACUCACACUCACCCAAGUUUCCAUCAGCUGCUGCUGAGUCUCCUGACUGUCACUGUACGGUAAUACACUCUAUCUCAUCUUACAGUGUUGGUAAACUGCUGCCACCACCUCCUUUUUAACAUACAAUGCAACUUUCAAAUUAAACAAUUGUUACAGAAAUCCAAAUAAUAUAUGUUAACAUGUUAAAUAAGUUAAGACAGCAUACAUGAUGGAAUUGCAUGCGCAGCCUACAUGAAUAGAGCUAGAAAGUUUGGUGAGUUGUGCUCAGGUUGCAAGGGAAACACGGGGCUA